AUGCUUCAGCACGCUGCCACUGUGCUGGUUGCGCCAGAACAGCCUAUUGGCAAAGCCGUUGCGCCAAAGCAGUCCACUGCCGUGACAGUCGAGCCUGAGCAGUCUGAACACCAGCCAGACAAGGCUGAUGGAUCAAUUGAAAGACACAAGGCGAGGUUAGUAGCAAAAGGGUUUAAUCAGGUUCCUGAUCAAGAUUUUUUUGACACAUUCAGUCCCGUGCUUAAGCUUACUAUGGCUCCUAGAGUGUGGUUUAACCGCCUACAUUCGUUUUUACUAUCUGUUGGGUUUCAGGCUUCAAAGACAUAUGUGGACCUUGGUGAACCAGGUUUUUUCCUUGGCAUUGAAACUGUUAAAUGUGAUGAUGGGAUCUUACUGUCUCAACAAAGAUAUAUGAAUGAUACUUUGAAACUUGCUGGGAUGGCGGAAUGCAAGCCUCUAUCUACUCUUAUUCCUGUUUCAAAAUUUGUCCCAUUUAGUGCAGAUUUUUAUGAUGAUCCUACGCAGUACAGGAGCCUGGCUGGAGCAUUGCAAUACCUCACCAUCACGCGACCUGACCCGUGUUUUGCGGUUAAUCAGCUCUGUCAGCAUAUGCAUGCUCUUACAGAAUCACAUUGGGAGCAACUAAAACGUGUGUUGAGGUAUGUUAAAGGAACAAUUACUUUUGGAUUGCAUAUAAGGAAGUCAGUGUCAAAAGAACUUCAUGUUUUUUCUGAUUCUGACUGGGUUGGUUGUCUUGAAGAUCGUAAGUUUACUAGUGGUUAUGCUGUGUUUCUUGGGUUCAAUCUUGUGUCUUGGGUUUGCAAGAAACAAAGAACUGUUGCUAGAUCUUCCACUGCUACAAAGUUCUAG